GUGAUAUAUCAUCCCACAUUCAUUCUUUUUCAUCUUUGGCAGUAUUCAUUGAAAGGUCUCGUCUUCCUCGGUUCUUACUGUUGAUGGCCAACAUGAAACCCAUUACUCAUAUUUCGCGGGGUUUUCUAAGCACUAGGAAUCAGCAUGUAAUCUCCGGCAUCCCUAAUCUAGGCCACCGUCUUGGUCGAACUACAACUCAUCAGUUUAGUACCAUUCAAUAUGGAUCUGCUCCUUGGUUCAAGAGGUGUAGAGUAACGACUCAAAUGGUCAGCAGUAACAAAAGAAGGUUGUCAAAUCGGUCGGAGCUAGAGGGGGUAGCAGAGCCGGUGCCAACAAAAGAGAAGCCUGACAUGCAAAUCGAAUUAAACAACGAUGCCUCAGUUAACGUUGUUCGCAUGUCACAAAAGCCACAAAUCUUGAGUCGGCAUUGGCUGCGAGACUCUUGCAAUUGCAACAUAUGCGUAGACCCCGACUCCGGACAGAAGAAUUUCGGCACUUGCGAUGUCCCAACUAACCUUCCCAUUGCCGAAGCCUCAGUUACUGAGGAUGGAGGGCUUGAUAUCGUAUGGGAAAAUGAUUUCCUAAGCCAAGGAAACCAUACGUCCCAUUAUGCAGCAGCUCGGAUCGCCCGUGAUGCUAAACCCAAAUCCAUUCCGACCCCGAGGUGGGUUUUGUGGGACAAGGAGAUCAUUGAAAAGGAUCUCUUGGUCGUUGACUACAACGAAUGGAUGGCGGGUGAAAGUGGAUUUAUUUCCGGGCUCCAUCGACUCCAUACUCAUGGGUUGCUGUUUCUACGCAAUGUACCACAAUCCGAGGAGUCGGUUGUUUCCAUUGCGAAUCAGAUCGGAAACAUACAGGAGACAUUUUACGGUAGGACUUGGGAUGUGCGUUCAAAACCAAAUGCAGAGAACGUGGCGUAUACGAGCUCUUUCCUCGGAUUACACCAGGACUUACUCUAUUUAUCUCAUUCGCCCCGCAUUCAACUCUUACACUGCCUUGAGAAUACGUGUGAGGGCGGAGACUCUCUGUUCAGCGAUGGUUAUAGAGCUUCCUCUCUAGUUCGAAUUGCAAAAAAUUCGAUGUUAGAGCAUCUAUCUUCCAGGCCUCUUCGGUACGCAUACACCAAGAACGGGCAUUAUUACCAAAAUUUCCACCCUGUUCUUCACGAAACGGGCUUAACUGUCCAUUGGUCACCACCAUUUCAGUCCAGCGACCAGGAAUUGUUUAUAGGUAGAACUUCUAAAACCUAUCUCGAGUGGCUAAAAGCUGCAACGACGUUUCGACACCUGCUCGAGGAUGAACAAUGGGUGUAUCAGUAUAAGAUGAAACCAGGCGACUGCGUGUUGUUCGAUAACAUGCGCGUCCUCCACGGGAGAAAGCAAUUCGAUACUGCUACAGGUGGUAGGCACUUGAAAGGGACAUAUAUUGCAAGGGAAGUAUAUUUGAGCAAGAUGAAGUGUUUAUCCGCCCAACUGAUGGCAUUAGAAGAGGGGACAACUGAGCUACCGAUGAUGCAGGCUAUCAAGUUUAAUGAUAAGUACAAAAUCUGGGACAAGACUUUGAGUAUCGACGAGCUCAAAACGUCUGAGGACGGCUCGAAUAAACCACCAAUCACCAAGUAUUUGAUAGGACGUACUAAAAAAGGGAAAAGUGCGCGGUUAUAAGCUGGCCUGGCAAUUAGGCCUACCAGACUGAGGGAUAGGAAUAACAGCUUGCCUUAUUCACCAUUUCUCUCCUUGAUUAUGAUAGAGGAUUAUACUCUUAGUUCACGUGCUAGGAAUUAGGACAUUAAAGUUGUA